AUCCAGCAAUCAAUUAUUAACUUAUAAUCUAGUUUACAACGUGUGUUAAAAUUAAAACGAUUAAUUAACAUUAAACAGAGACAUAGUACAUUUUGUUGUACAAUUGUAUAUAUUGUUGUGUAUGUUUUGUGUGUUGUUAUAAAUAAAAAGUUGUCGAGUUACUUUAUAAUUACUUUUGUGCAAAAAAAUUAAUGCUGGUGGGCUCAUGACACUUUCAAUCAAAACCUCCAAAUAACAAAUACCCUCAAAAUAUAAAAAAUGAAAGAAAACGGCAAAAGAAACCCCGAAAUGCACGCCUAUGUCAACCACGGCCUGGUCGUGUCCAGCUCAGAUGUCCCAGAACCCCAUGGGUUCCUCCAGGGCAGCAACGAAUUCAUUUUAACCGAUGAUAAACAAUCAAAAACCAAAGAGAGAUUGAAAUCGAUGAUGCCUGUCGCCAAACGGAAACUGCAAGGUGCUUGUUCGAAAAAAAUGUUGUAUAAAAGAUUGCCGAUAUUAAAUUGGCUACCAAAGUAUAAUUCAACGGACGCCGUUGGCGAUUUGGUUGCAGGAAUAACUGUCGGUCUGACUGUGAUACCACAAUCUUUAGCAUAUUCAAAUAUAGCACAUCUACCUCCUCAGUACGGUUUAUACAGUUCCUUCCUCGGUUGUCUCAUCUACAUAGUCCUUGGGAGCUGCAAAGAUGUCCCAAUGGGCCCCACAGCAAUAGCUUCUUUAUUAACAUUCCAAUCUACAAAAGAUUUGGGAGUCGAAUACGCCAUCCUGCUCUGUUUCCUGUCAGGAGUCGUCGAAAUCGCCAUGGGCGUCCUAGGAUUAGGUUUCCUGAUCGACUUCGUGUCUGGUCCAGUAGCAUCAGGGUUCACUUCUGCAGUUGCUCUGAUUAUUGUCACGUCACAAGUUAAAGAUGUUUUGGGUAUUGAAACAAGCGGGAGUACAUUUUUAGAUAUGUGGUCAAGUAUAUCUAAAAAUAUUUCCGAUUCCCAAAUGUGGGACUGCGUGAUGGGUGCUGCUUGUAUUAUUAUUCUACUCAUCAUGAGGUUAAUAGCCAUGUUGAAAAUCGGUCCAGCAGACGAUGCAUUGAAGUCCAAAAAGCAAAAAGUGAUCAACAAAAUGUUAUGGUUAAUUGGAACUGCCAGAAAUGCCAUUCUGGUGGUAGUCUGCGGUUUAAUUGGAUAUGCCUUGACCGACAGCGAUUUAAAAACACCUUUUAAAGUCAUAGGUGAAGUACCUUCUGGACUUCCCCAAGUGAUGCUGCCACCAUUUUCCGUGGAGCGCAACAACGAGACCAUCAAUUUCUUCCAAAUGACUUCUCAACUCGGUUCUGGAAUUAUAGUUGUACCUUUGGUGUCCUUGUUGGAAAACAUUGCAAUCUGCAAAGCUUUUGCAAAUGGUAAAUCAGUUGAUGCCACUCAGGAAUUGUUGGCUAUCGGAGCAGCCAAUGUGGGAAAUUCUUUCGUUCAAGGUUUUCCUGGUACUGGUUCUUUAAGUCGAGGGGCUGUUAACAAUGCCAGUGGUGCCAGGACUCCUUUGGGAGGUCUUUACACAGGAUUGUUGGUGAUAGCGGCUUUGCUGUUUUUCACUCCGUACUUCUUUUUCAUACCAAAGGCUUCUCUUGGAGCAAUAAUCAUAGCAGCUGUGGUCUUCAUGGUUGAAGUUAAAGUUGUGAAACCAAUGUGGAGAACUAAAAAAAGCGAUUUGAUUCCUGGAAUCUUCACAUUUGUUGCUUGCCUAGUGUUUCCUUUGGAAUAUGGUAUUUUAGUUGGCAUCGGGAUAAAUGUGAUCUUCAUUCUUUAUCAUGCAGCAAGACCAAAGAUUUCUUUAGAAAUUUUGACGAGUCCUGCUGGUGCAACCUACCUGAUGCUGACCCCAGAUAGAUGUUUAAUCUUCCCAUCAGUGGACUAUGUCCGCAACAUUGUCAACAAACAAUCAACCAAGAACCACCAGACUUUAUACCCUGUCGUAAUAGAUUGCUCCCAUGUCUAUGGAGCUGACUACACGGCUGCUACAGUCAUCAAAAUCUUGAUAGAAGAUUUCAGGAAACGUAAUCAAGGUUUAUAUUUCUAUAAUCUGAAACCUAGUGUCUGCCAGACGUUCGAGGCUUUAAGUGCAGAACAUCUGGUAGUAUUUUAUAGAAGGGAAUGUUUAGAUGAUCUGUUAAAACAGACGGAGAGUAGUACUGAAAAAGUGUAG